AUGCCUCCAAUUCGCCUCGCAACAGCAUCCCCCGCAACCGCGGCAACAACAGCUCAAACCCUCAUCGACAUAACCACCCUCGCCAACCGCGCCUCCGCAGCCGGCGCAGACCUCCUCCUUCUUCCGGAAGCUUACCUCGGCGCCGGCUACCCCCGCGGCGCCUCCUUCGGCUCCAAAAUCGGCUCCCGCGCCCCCGAGGGUCGCGACGAGUUCCUCGCCUACUUCAACGCCGCCGUCGACCUCGGCGACACCGUCGGCGAUGCGGGCGCCGGGGGCGGUGACAAGUGGGUGAAGAAGCAGCUGCCCGCUCAGCAUGCCGCCGGUGAAAAGGUCGAGAGGGGCGACGGGUCGCGGGAGGCGCUGGAAAAGAUUGCUUCCCAGGCGGGCGUGUUCCUCGUCGUCGGGUGCAUCGAGCGCGCCGGCGGGAGCUUGUACUGCUCCGUGGUCUACGUCUGUCCCAAGCUGGGCAUGAUCGGGAAGAGGCGCAAGGUGAUGCCCACUGCCACGGAACGCCUAAUCUGGGCCCAAGGCUCCCCCGCGACCCUCCGCGCCGUCUCGACGACAAUCAAGGGCGUCCGCAUCAACCUCGCCGCCGCAAUCUGCUGGGAGAAUUACAUGCCCCUCCUCCGCCAGUCCCUCUACGCCCAAAACAUCAACCUCUACCUCGCGCCCACAGCCGACGGCCGCGACACCUGGCUCCCGCUGAUGCGCACCGUCGCCUGCGAGGGUCGCUGCUUCGUCGUCUCGUCCAACAUGGCCGCCAGGCCCUCCGCGCCGACAACGACAUCGGUAGCGCAGAGCAGCGACAGCGGUAUCGAAGACGCCGAAGAGGCACCAGACGCUGACGUCUACCCCCGCCCGCGCCGCAACUCGUGCCUCACGGAAGAGGGUUUCGAAAUCGCCCUCCCCGAAAAGUCCUCUAAACCAGCCUCCAACGGCACCAGUACCAGCCCUAGCCACCGCCGCAAGUCCAUCAUCGUGGAAGACGGCAAUGAGAUUGUCCUUCCCGGCGAUGAAAACCGCACCAACGGCACCACCAACACCAAGACCAAGACGGCCUCGAAACCGGCUCUUAAAUCGGAAGAUUGGGUCUCCCGCGGCGGGUCCUCCAUCGUCGGCCCCUUUGGCGACGUCCUAGCUGGACCGCAGUGGGAAGACGACGAGGGCAUCAUCUACGCUGAUGUUGACUUCGACGACUGCAUUCGCGGACGGUUGGAUAUUGAUGUCGGCGGGAGCUACUCACGUAACGAUUCGUUCAAGUUCUCCGUCGAGGGGUUGGAUCUCGACCCCUUGCCGUACUAG